UUCCUCCCAAGUAAAAAUGGACCCAUAGAAAGGUUCCCGAUCUUUGUUCCGGCGGUCACCGAUUCUCCGUUCUGCUCGAACUUCGUGAGCUCCGACGAAACCCAACCGCACAUUCGACACCCAAACCCUAAUCAAGUCCCCUCCCGCACUUCAAAAUCCAGGCUUUCCUUCUUCUUCUUCUCAUCCACCCUCGUCCUCCUGCUAGCAGUCUCCCUCGGCUUAGCAUCAAGAACCCAUUUCUUCAAAGCCCAUCUCCUGAGAUCAUCCCUUUCCUCAGCCCCGACAAGAUUUCAGCAAAUCCUCCGGCCGGUCCUCCCCCUUAAACCCCGACAGAACCCUGAUUCCGAUGGCACGAAUCCCUCGGCCGACCCCUCUCACUGUGUGCUGUGGAUGGCUCCGUUCCUCUCCGGCGGCAGUUACAGCUCAGAGGCUUGGUCGUACGUCCUGUCCCUUCACAAUCACCUGAGAAUCAAGAAAAGCCCCAAAUUCAAACUGGGUAUUGAGCAGCAUGGAGAUCUUGAAUCCAUAGAGUUCUGGGAGGGAUUGCCUGUGGAGAUCAGGAACUUAGCCCUAGAGCUCCACCGGACCCAAUGUGCGCCCGACAGGACCAUUUUCGUAUGUCACAGCGAGCCCGGCGCUUGGUACCCUCCCCUGUUCCAGACCCGGCCCUGUGCCCCAUAUGGGUACGGGCAUUACCGGUACGUGAUUGGUCGGACUAUGUUCGAGUCCGACCGGGUGGGUCUGGAGCAUGCCAGGAGGUGCAACCGGAUGGAUUACGUGUGGGUUCCAACCGAUUUCCAUGUCCGGACAUUUGUCUCGAGCGGCGUGGACCCGGCAAAGGUUGUUAAGAUCAUGCAGCCUAUAGAUGUCGAGUUCUUCAAUCCCGAAAAGUACUGGCUGAUGGAUCUUUCUUCUCCAGGAGAUUUAGUACUAGGCGAGAGGUCGAAAGCCCAGGAUUUGAAUGGGAGAAAGGAGUUUGUUUUCUUGAGUGUCAAAUUGGAGUUCAGGAAAGGCUGGGAUGUAUUAUUAAGUGCGUACUUGAGAGAAUUCGAUGGUGCUGAUGGAGUCUCUUUGUACUUGCUGACAAACCCUUACCACUCUGAUAGGAACUUUGGUAACAAGAUUGUUGAGUUUGUCGACAAUUCUAAUAUGGAGAAGCCGAGGAACGGAUGGGCCCCAAUAUAUGUGAUUGGAACCCAUGUUCUGCAGUCCGACCUCCCGAGGAUUUACAAGGCGGCUGAUGCCUUUGUGCUCCCGUCAAGAGGGGAAGGAUGGGGGAGGCCACUCGUGGGGGCAAUGUCUAUGUCCCUGCCUGUGAUCGCCACGAACUGGUCGGGUCCCACAGAGUACUUGACCGUGGAAAAUGCAUACCCGCUGCCUUUGGAAAGGAUGGUGGAGGUGGUGGAGGGGCCGUUUAAGGGCCACCUAUGGGCUGAGCCCUCUGUGGAUGAGCUUCGGAGACUCAUGAAGCACUUGGUCAGUAGCCCGGAGGAACGUAAGAACAGAGGAAGGCAGGCGCGGAGGGAUAUGAUCAGAAGGUUCUCUCCUGGCAUCGUCGCCGAGAUUGUCAGUGAAGAGAUCGAGAAAUUGUUGGAAGGAAGGGAAUGAAUAGGGCUACAGAUAUGUUACUUCAUCUCUUGGACCAUCAGAAAAUCAGCCUCUGGACCGUUUUCCCACCUACACUGAACUAUUUUCUGUUCUUGGGUUGGAUUCGGUUCGCGCGGUCUUAAUCUUGUAAAGUGGUUUUGUUGAUUGUUUUGUAUCAGCAUGGGUAGGUUUUCUGGUUGCUAUAAAGGGCAAGAUGUUCCAGUGAUUGUGCCGAUCGCAUACUGAUUCAUUGGACAGUUCUCAGAAAGUAGUCUAAAGCUUCUGUCUGGUUAUGAGUGGAAGAAUUUUUUCUGGACAUUUGCUGAAAGGCUGAGCCAUUUAUUCAUUGAAGAUGUUUUUGAAGACAGAUUGGCAUUUGAUAGUAAUGCGACUGCUGGAAGGUGCUAUAGAUAUAUGAAACACUGAAUGGUAUAUAGAACCUGAAAUUCAAAGCCUUUAGAGACAAAUUCCGAUUUAUCAGUGCAGAACUGUUCUAAAUCAUAUCAAGCACGAAAAAGAUCUUUCGGGGCUUCAAAGCUGCUCUUAGAGAUGUGGACUGAAGAAACUCAAAACUUCCUCAUAGACAGGCUUCCUGGAGUCUUCUACCUGCAGAAGCAGAAAGCGGGAUAAGAUGCGAUUUUCGCUAUGGAGGGAGAUGAGAAUAGAUUUUCUUCAUCCCAGAAAUGACGAGGAGGAUUGCUGGGAUAGUGUACUCACAAGCUCAAGGACUUGCUCGAGUGACAUCCACGACCACUUCCCGAACUCGGGCUUGUCAGUUCCAUCACCCAAAAGAUUGAUUUCCUCUUCUUAGCCAGUAAACUUAAAGAGGAACCUGCAGUUUUUUUUAGCACUGAACUUAAUCUACACAUUUGGAGGACAAUAAAUAUUGAAAAUUCACCCGCACAAAUAGGAAACCGGGGUGCUGUUUGGCGGGUGAAAUUUUUUAGUAUCUGUAAGUAAUAAGUGCUCACCACUUCUGCGCUUGGCCUUUAUAAUCGGUACCCCAGUGGUUUUUGAGCCUUUCCCUAGCCUCGGGUCGGAAAUUAUAAGUCAACCAAUAUGGAGCCUACAAUUUUCGAAUGCCUUGAUGGAAGUGAGCAUUAGAAGAAAAGCCAGAACAGAACGAUUCGGGUUACAACAGCUAGUUUUUCGGAUUUUUGAGCUUGGAGAGAUUUCCUGAUGUUUCAAGUUGGAUGACUACGACAAAGAGAACUCUAGAGAAAACCCGGAGUUAUCAACGACAAGAGUAAAUACGAUUACUGGGAGAUGAACCUCUGCGAGUAUUUCUGCAGAACUGACUCCAGUCUCUUCCCUCAACUCCCUAAAGGCAGCAGUCUUCGGAUCCUCACCAUCUUCGAUACCCCCCUAACAAGAAUCAUCCAACGACAUUAUCGAGGUUCAGUACGGUGAUUACUCUUUGAUCAAAUCAGGAUGAAAGCGGGGAGCUUUUGAAACGAAGCUAUGAGAUUCAAGACACGAAAUCAUAGCAGUAAUAUCGCUAUAAUUGUAACCAACAACUAUAUAUAUAGCAAUUACUCGCGUGAUUAACGCUCA